AUGUGCUUGGAGCACGAAAACUUGAUGUACGCACAAUUUGCUCUUUCAGCAACCAACAUAUUACGAACUCAUCCAGACGACGAGGACUUGUAUAGCGCACGGCAGAACUACUUCGUACUUGCUCUACGCGAACAGAGGAAAGCUUGCGCACACAUCCAUUCUCAGAAUGCUGAAGCAGUAUGCCUUACCUCAAUGGUCAUUCUGCAUACUUCAUUCGCCAUGAUCCACGAGAGACCACUUGGAAACUACAACCCACCAAUAGAAUGGUUGAAAAUGGGUCGCGGUGCUGGCGCGGUGAUGUGGAAAGCAAGUGCUGCCGUUGCGCCCGAGAUGCCAGCAAGUUUCAAGGUCUUCAUGGAGUCAUAUCAGCAGGUGUUGUCAGAGCAAGAACUACGAGUCACUCUUAGCCACCCCUUCGUCACAGUCUAUGCUGCGAUUGGCAAACAAACGGCAAGCGAUGUGUUGACCGAUGCUUACUGGAGAACGUUAGUAUACAUUAACAACAUGCAAGGCGCAAUCGAUAGUGGAGACUCUGUUCAUGUGCUGGGCAGGAGAUUACAAGCAUUCCCCAUGGUCGUGCCGACGAAAUUUAUCGAUCAGGUCGAAUUGCGAGAUCCAUGCGCUUUUUUGGUCUUGGCUUACUAUUUUGCAGUUGCCGCGCAGGUAGACAAGGAGUUUUGGUGGCUACGAGGUCCAAAGGGUGAUCGAACAGCGGCUAAUGAGCUUCGUGCGUUGAACUCUCAUGCAAUGGCCGUUGACGAAAGCUGGGAUUUGAUACUUCUAUACAAGAUGAGCGACUCGGUGCUGGUUACCAUGGUCGUGCACGGUGUGCCCAUGGCGAAGAAGGUUAUAGCAGAGCAAUGGAAGUUUGGGCGUUGGACGGGCACGCAACGGGACUGUCGCGACGGGGUUCCUUCCAAUGUGGGCGACAUUCUUCUGGCUUCGAGCAAUUGA